CUCCUCUCCCUCCUCCCCGGGGCCGCUGCGGGGGAGGAGGUGGAGAAUGGAAACACCCUUCUACCAUGAUGAUGUGUUAAGCAGCUUGAGCGGCAGCAGCAGCACCAGCACUAGCGGCGGCGGCGGCGGCGGCGGCGGCGGCGGCUUCGCCUCCUCCGGCCGCCUCUUCCCCCCGGCCGCGUCUCCCUUUGCCGGCGGCGGCAGCAUGAUGAAGAAGGACGGCCUCACCCUGAACCUCAGCGAUCAGGUGGUGGCCACCCUGAAGGCCGCCCCGCCGCCGCCGCCCCACGGCGCCCACCACCUGCGCGGGGACGGCGGCGGCGGCAGCGGCGGAGCGGGCGGCGGAGCGAGCGGCGGGGCCGGAGCCUCGGCUGCCACGGAGGGGCUGCUCACGUCGCCGGACCUGGGCCUGCUCAAGCUGGCGUCCCCGGAGCUGGAGCGCCUGAUCAUCCAGUCCAACGGGCUGGUGACCACGACCCCCACCACCACCCAGUUCCUGUACCCCAAGGUGGCGGCCAGCGAGGAGCAGGAGUUCGCCGAGGGCUUCGUCAAGGCCCUGGAGGACCUGCACAAACAGAACCAGCUGAGCGGCGCUGGCGGUGGCGGCGGCGGGGGCGGCGCGGGGCCGGCCGGGGCCGGAGGGCCGACGGGGGCAGCGGGCGGCUGUGCGCCCACGCCAGGCGGGGCGGGCGUGGAGCUGAGCUCGGGGCCCGCGGCCGCCGCGUCCCUGGCGCAGCCCGAACCGCCAGUCUACGCCAACCUGAGUAGCUACACGGGCUCGGCGAGCGCGCUGGGCGGCACCACGGUCAACUACAGCACGGAGACGGUGCCUUACCCGCCACCCCCUGCCGGCCUGGGACCCGGGCCCGGCCCCGGCCCUCCUCAGCCGCACCCCCGGCUGCAGGCGCUCAAGGACGAGCCGCAAAUCGUGCCCGAUGUGCCCAGCUUCGGCGAGAGCCCGCCGCUGUCACCCAUCGACAUGGACACCCAGGAGCGCAUCAAGGCGGAGCGCAAGCGGCUGCGGAACCGCAUCGCAGCCUCCAAGUGCCGCAAACGGAAGCUGGAGCGGAUCUCGCGGCUCGAGGAGAAGGUGAAGAGCCUCAAGAGCCAGAACACGGAGCUGGCGUCCACGGCCAACCUUCUCCGUGAACAGGUGGCGCAGCUCAAGCAGAAGGUGCUCAGUCACGUCAACAGCGGCUGCCAGCUCCUGCCCCAGCACCAGGUGCCCGCGUACUGAGGGGGGCCGAGAGCCUAAGCUUCCCCGAGGCCCAGGGUCCCGUCCUGGGGUCCCGGGGCCACUCAUUGACUGACGGAGUUCGAGAGCCCGGCUCGGGACUGCUUCUCCCUCAGGGCGCAUGCUCGGCUGCUUCUCUUUCCCCCUAACCCUCGGGGGCCGAGACCCAGGCUCUCGGACAGAGCUCAGGUGUCUCCCUCGGGACUGCUCCUUAGGGUGCAUGCCUGGCCCGGCCGAUCUCCCCCUUUUUUGACCAUCCUCUCACCUCCUGGGGCCAGAACCCUUCGACUGACCCCGGGCGCCUGGCUCGGGGUAAGAACUAAUCCUUAGGGCUCACGCCUUACUGGAGGCCCCACUCUUCUAGCAGCCCGCGAGCACACAGUCCCGGGCCCCGGCUGCUCCGACCACCAGCGCUUCAGGGUCUCUACUUGCCCGAUCCAGAGUGGCCUGCGGGCGAACUGCAGUGGACUCGGGCCGGCGCCACUGGACCUUGCAAGGAAACGGGAUGGGGGGGGGCAAACUUAGGGAGCCUGGAGUUAGGGUUGGGGGCUCUAGCUGAGAGAGGCCGUGGCGAGCACCAGGGCGAGACAAGCUCCCAGCCCGGGAGGCCUGAGCGCUGAAGACCGACCCCCCUGUCCCCGGGCUCUAGCUGCUGGGGGGCUCCCCUCCCCCUGUUUACAAGCCCUGUGAGUUGCUUGGGCCGCUAUCGUCUAGUCCGUCCGUCCGUCCCUUUUUCUACGCCCCCUCUCCUUCACCCCUAUCGUGUGUCCGGUUUGCACAAACCUGAGUCUCCUGCCCCCUUUGUACAAAGUGUAAAUGUGACACUUACAGAAUUUCAAGCUAUUUUUUUUUUUGUUUGAAGUGUUCGAAUUGCCCUAUUUAUGUUUAUACUGGGAACAACGUGGUGGGUGGUUUUUUUUUUUUUAAGAAAAAACCUCCACCCCCAUCCAUCCCCCUCCCCCCUUUUGCUAUUACUCCACAUUCCAGUAUGUAAUACUGUACUCUGACCUUCUGUUCAGUAAAGUAUUGUUACCACGA